AUGGAUGCAGACGGAGAUUCCGAAGGCUCAAAUGGAGGCUGGGAGGAUGUAAAUGACUCAGGCGAUGCCUCCGAAGCUGAGACGGGCGAGGAUGAAGCGGAAGUGUCUGAAGGACAGCCCGACAAUGAAGCGGCGGAGUCUGAACAAGAUGAUGAUGAGUCUCACACGCUCUACAAAGCCGCUCACACAGACAAUCGCCAUAUUAGGCACGCUAUGGAUAACCAUGCUUCCUAUGCGCAAGAGAACCGGGUAGACCCAAGCCUAUUUGCUGCGAUUGAUGGAGAGUAUGAGACUGAGGGUCCACUUAUUGUCAGAGUCAAGCCUGAUCAAGACUCAUUUCGCUGCAAGGGCGAGGUUGCAGGGGAGAUUUUGAGGUGGAUAUUCAUUAACUUUAUGACCUGGGAUGAGGCAAAGAGCUUUGCUGCUCGUUAA